ACAAAUAUUUUAUCGAAUAUUGGAUUAUCGUAUGAAAUAGUUGUAAAUAAACACAUCGCAUGUAUAUAGCUUGUCAACAACUUCAUAUAUAAUAAUAAAGAACAACAACUUGAUAUCUUAUAUAUGGUUUAGAAAGGAAAAGUCUUAGUGACGGAGUGGUGGCCAACUUCGUUAAGUUGAGAAUUUAACCAGAAAGAACCUAAAGAAAGUUCUCAUCUCUCAAAUAAACAUGUCUUUUUUCGGAAAACUCGCAGACACUGUGGUAUCUUUUGCAAACGAUUCUGCGAAAUCUGUUGUAGAAGAAGUGGUAAAUCCAACGGUGUCUUUUGCAAACAAUUCUGCAAGAACUGUUGUAGAAGAAGUGGUAAAUCCGACGGUCUCUUUUGCAAACGACUCUGCGAGAACUGUUGUAGAAAAAGUGCUAAAUCCAACGGUAUCGUUCAUCGAUAGCCAGCUCCAGCGGCCACGGGACGUCCUUGUGCAACAACAAAUCCUAGACAAUCUCCAAGAAUCGAAUGGUUCGAAUUUCCCUGGGGAUGACUACCACUCGCCUGACCGGAAGAACUGGAUGGCCCAUCUCUCUGUGGAUAAACUAACCCUUAACAAGAUCGUGUGGCCAGGAACUCACGACUCAGCCACCAACGGAAUUGGGGACCCUUUGGUCACUCGUUGGUUGGGUGAAUGUCAAACGCUCUCCAUCUUCGACCAGCUAGUUCUUGGCACACGUGUCCUCGAUAUCCGUUUCCAAGAGGAUCGUUGUGUCUGCCAUGGAGCUCUUUCUUCGUACAACGUUGAUGUCGUCCUCAAUGACGUCAUCAGAUUUGUGUCCGAGACCCAAUCUGAGAUCAUAAUCUUGGAGAUAAGGACCGAGUUUGGAAAGAAAGACCCUUUUGAAUUCGAGACUUACUUGGUUGAUAAAUUAGGUCAAUUCUUGAUACAUCAAGACGAUAACUUGUUCAACAAGCCGGUAUCAGAGAUUUUGCCGAAAAGGGUUAUUUGCAUCUGGAAACCUAGAGAAUCUCCGAAGCCGAGCCGUGGUGGAAUUCUCUGGAACUCAGAUUAUCUAAAAGAUAAUUGGAUCGAUACGGAUCUUCCAUGGACGAAAUUUCAGAGCAAUUUGAAGCAUCUGAGUGAGCAGCAACCGAUAUCUUCUAGGAAAUUCUUCUACCGGGUUGAGAACACGGUUACGCCGCAAGCAGAUAAUCCGGUUGUGUGGGUUAAACAGGUUACUGAUCGGAUCAGAAAACACGCUAGGCUUUUUAUAUCUCAGUGUGCUUCCAAGGGAUAUGGAGAUAAGUUACAGAUUUUGUCCACUGAUUUCAUUGAAGGAGAUUUUGUCGAUGCCUGCGUCGGACUCACUCACGCAAGAAUGAAGGGACAGUUUGAUAAGAUAUCUCCAAGUUAGACAAGCAUUGGAACCAAAUAUAUUUAUUUGCUUUUGACUUACGUAUACUAUAAGUUACAUUAUUUACAAAGGCGUGUGUGUGAUUUUCGCCGAUGAACUUUAUGCAAAGUGUGUGUGAACCCUUUUUACUUUUCCUUGUUCAUAAUAUCUUAAAUUUGUAAUGUUUGAGCUCUACCGUUCUCCUUAAGUAAAAAGAAUAUGUUUUAGUGGAUGUCAUGACUAAAGAAGUAUAAAAC